UCUCAUCAACAGCAGCAUCAGCAGCACUGCGCGCGUUACAGUAUGAGGUUACACUGAGCACGUGUGAUAGCACGGAGGCCGUUAUGAGUGGGAAGAGCCUCUUACUGAAGGUCAUUCUCCUGGGAGACGGCGGUGUGGGGAAAAGCUCCAUUAUGAAUCGCUACGUGACCGACCGCUUUGACUCGCAGUCGUUCCACACCAUUGGCGUGGAAUUCCUCAACCGCGACCUCGAAAUUGACGGUCGACUCGUCACCCUCCAGAUCUGGGACACGGCGGGCCAGGAACGCUUCAAGAGCCUGCGUACGCCCUUCUACCGUGGCGCAGACUGCUGCCUGCUCACGUUCGCAGUGGACAAUCUGCAGAGCUUCCAAAACCUGGGCUGCUGGAAGAAGGAGUUCAUGUAUUACUCUGAUGUACGAGACCCGGAGCGCUUCCCCUUUGUGGUGCUCGGAAACAAGGUGGACAAGGAAGAACGCGAAGUUGGCCAGGACGAAGCCAGGGCUUGGUGCGAGGAGAACGGUUGCUGUCCGUACUUUGAGACCAGCGCGAAGGACGACACCAACGUGUGCUCUGCUUUUGAAGCUGCGGUUCGGGAAGUUCUAGCAGGGGAGGACACGAUUGAUCACAACCUGCUGAGUAGCACCAUUGAUCUACAUGGAAACCGUAAAGUGGCUCGUUCUUCUUGCUGCUGAGGUGCCUCCAAAUUGAUCCUGGCCUUGAUGGACUUUCUAUGUGGUACAGGCACAAUUGUAGUCAGAUGCGUCUCUUUGGUGACCUGGCUACAUGUGCAACAGAAUUAUGGUCCUAUAUAACAGUAAAGGUAUUUUAUAUAUAUUUAUCUCUUCACAGUCUGGCACAAAAAACACAUUCCAUGCUUGUGACGUGGGGCUUUUAUAAUAGUGUUUUAUGAUUGCUUCAUGUCCUGGAGAUCCCCACCUGCUCAGAUCUCCAAGAGCUCGCACAGUGCAGAUUUAGCCUCUCUUCAACAUUCUGCUGUUUUGUAUGGAGCAUUUUACUGUUUCAUUAUUUUAUGGUGGUACCCUGUUUGUCUGAUAUUCCAGUAAACAUAACCUAAGAUUGACGCAGUCCCUUAAAGGAGGGGUUUACAAAGUUUUUCCCCUUGCAAGGUACCACCUUCCUAAAGUAUAAAAAGAAAGCUGUGUGAGGAAACGUUGUUAGCGUGAUAUUAUAACGACAAAAUGUUUGCAAAAUUAAAGGAAUAUUCCGGGUUCAAUACAAGUUAAGCUUAAUCGGCAGCAUUUGUGGCAUAAUGUUGAUUAUCACAAAACAUUUUUAGAUAUUAGAUAUUUUUAGACAUUUGACAACAUUUAGACU